CCUUUUCAAAGAUUUCCUCAUACUCGACUGCGGCUGCCCUCAUGCGCCGUAGACUCGUCAUAUCCACCCUCUCAAACAGAUCUGGGUGUGCUCCAGCAACAGUUUUCCCCAACGGGUUGUCCCAAAGGACGAGAUCUCCCACAACUUUCAUUCUUUGUGGUGCGAGUCUCGCCUCUCAGUGGCUGAUAAGGAGUUCAGUCUUCUCCUGCCUUAUCAAUUUCUUUGAGGUCUGCGUUGUGAAAAGAUUUUUUUAAGCUGCUCUGGAGUUACACUUCUUUGGACGUUGGCGAUCUCCUCUAACCCAUAACAGAUCAACUAAUGAGCCUUCACCGUCCGAGUCUUGACUCCGGUACCUUUUUGUGCUCACUCUAAUGGCCAUCUUGCCAACCCCAUGAACCACCAAGGGACAUCAGGAGUCGUCCAUGACCGAGCUGUUUUAUGACCUGCUCAGUGGCUAAACUUCACCAAACACCAUCUUCCUCUUGAUUUUCCCCCUUUUCCGCUCUUUCAAACCAAUGCACCAUUUUUUUGGAUCAUGGGAUGCGUCAAAUCCAAGUGCAGCAAGCCCGCUCAGAACUCCGGCACGGUGGAGAAGGAGGACAGCAAGUCUGGAAAAAAGCAAGGAGAGAAGGCGGUCCUGGUGAAUUCGGAAGUGGGAGCGGAUCAGGACAUGCAGCGGGUCAACCCCGUCCUUCUGGAGUACGCGCAGAGACUCUCGGAGGAGAUCGUGACUCGGGCCGUGCAGCAGUGGGCCGAGGUGGACAGCCGCUACAGUGACAUCCCGUACAUUGAGUGUGAUGUGCCAUGAAGGCUGUUACAUCACACGUGCUUUUUCCCGAGGUCCAGGAGCACGGCUCGGCCUGAUGAAGGCCAUAACCCGCUGCAUGGCGUGAACGCGGAAGAAAUUCGGUGUUUGCAUACCAUUUGUAAGUGUAUAAUGUUUGUGUGGGAGGUAGUACGGUGGCAGCAUUGAGGCUUUUUUGUCUGUAAAAGCACAAAAGUACAAAAAGAAGUGCUAUCAAAGCAAGAGUAAGCCUCUGCAUUUUUUUAUUUCUUUUUUUUUAAUCACUGAGACAUGUCAUACUCAUAGCCUGAAUUUGUACAGGACACGCCAAGAGCAAUGUCCAGAGACCAAAAUGGCACUGAUCCCAGAGAUGCUAUAAAUAAGCCAAGAUAACGAUCCCAGCAUUCGCUUGAAUCAACAAUCUCAUGUUUGUACGUUUGGAGGACGUAUAUGGGUUUUUACAUUAAAGUCGAUUGGUGUCGUACAGUAACAGCAUUUUUUUGUUUUUAAUGAUUCCUGUACGAGAUUCCAAUAAAACCCUGGCCGAAUUCCUCACUUAGACUGAUACCGUUUCAGAUUACGCAGUGAAGAUCCUCUAAUGACAGUCCUGUGGGAUCAGUAACUUGAAUAAACGUUAUGCUAAUCAGCACGAUCCAGAUGUCAGCUAGUGGAGAAAACAGGCUCGCAUAAACGCAAACAUGUUUCAGAGUCAGACUUUAGUUAGCUUGUGUUUGUAGCUGCUCCGUAGGUUGUGUGCCGUCCUACACCCGGGGUGCGUUUUAGACGGGCGUCUUAGCAGUGCCUUAUUGACGUUAAAUUUCUAAAUGCGUCGCGUUGUGCAUUCUGAUACCACCUUACAACCAAAAAACAUUUUUUUCUGUUUAAUGCAUUUCAUGAAGCGCAGUAAAAUUUUUAAACAUGGCUGCAUAUCAAAUUUAGUGAAAGUCAAUAGACCUUUUGUGUGUGCUGUGAACUGCCAAAUGCCAUAAUGUAAUGUAAACUUGUGUGCAGGGCAACUACAAGAACCAAUAAUAUUCCAGACAUUAAACAGAUGUACAGUUCUGUGCAAAAGUCUUGAGCCACCCUCUCAUUUCUUCAUAUGUUUCUUUCAAAAAGCCAGACUGCCAUGUAUUUUAAAUACAGUGUUGAGGAAAAGUUCUUGU